CGGGCAUAUGCCCUGUACUGGAUGUGCGCAAAGAAUCCCCUGGUGAUUCGGGCCCUCAAACUGUCCCGACAUAAUGUUCGACAAGAGCACGAACAUGUCCUAGUAAAAAGCAUCAAUCUUUCCUUCGUCCGAGGGUGCAGUCCACGUCCACACCAACACACGACCGACCAGCAUCAACGGCUCCCGUUCUGACCGCCCAGUCAUCCACUGGACUCGGUCGACAUAUAUACUGUUCGCAAAGGUUGGUUCGAAACCGACGAAGUUGGCAACCGCAUUGAUGAUGCACACUGUUGGCUCUAC